AUGGUACGAAAAAAAGAUAAAAUUUGGGAGCAUGUUGAGGAGCUCCAAGGGAAUAAAUGGAAAUGUAAAUUUUGUCAAAAAGUAUUUAGUGGUGGGGCUUACAGAAUUAAAGCAAACUUGUCAGGAAUUACUGGCCGUGAUGUUGAGAUUUGUAGUAAAGUCAAUCAUGAGACACAAUCAUGUGCAUUCUUAGCUAUGUCUAGAAGUGGAAGUAACAAAAAAUUAAAAAGUUCAGCCGGUUCUUCUACUGCUUUAAACUCUAAUGAUCAUGAGGAUGUAACAGAUUCGCCAUUUUCACCACUUUCUAAGGGUAGCCAAAGAUGUCAAAGUCAAGCAUCUUUACUAGAAAUGAAUAAGAAAAAAGACAAGGAGUUUGUUGAUAAAAUGUUUGCUAAGUGUUUUGUGGUGAAAAAUAUCGCUUUUAAUAUUGUUCAAACUGGUGCUUUUGGAGAAUUUGUUAAGACUGAUAUAAGGCACCGAUCUUUCAUUAAUCUUGUGGCAUAUUCACCUAGUGGUCCAGUGUUUAUAAAAUCAUUGGAUGUUUCUCGAGAAAGAAAAACUGGGAUUUAUCUUAAAGAAAUUGUUGUUUCUGUGAUUGAAUCAAUUGGACAAGAACAUGUUGUGCAAUUCAUAACUGAUAAUGGUAGCAAUUUCACAUCUGUUGGUGACAUGCUCACUGGACUGUAUCCUCAAAUGUAUAAGACGAGGUGUGCUGCUCAUGGAAUUCAACUUCUUUUGAAAGACAUAUAUGAAGAAGUUAAUUGGCUCACCAAAGAUAGACAAUUGAGACAACCUUGUGCCACAAGAUUUGCUUCAAAUUUUUUAAUGCUUCAAUCUGUGUUGGAUUUGGAGAAUGAACUUCGACUCUUUGUUGCUUCAUCUGAAUGGAGGGGUUUUGAUUAUUGUAAGACCGAAUCAGGUAAAAGGGUCACUGAAAUUGUUCAGAGUGAUUUUUGGGCUAGAGGAAGGGAGGUUAUAAAAACUAUUGAGCCAUUUGUUCGAGUUCUUAGUUUGGUUGAUGGUGAUGGAUCUACUGCUAGUUACUUAUAUGAAGCAAUGACGAGGGCAAAAGUUGCAAUCAAAGAAAGAUGUAAUAGUGAGGCAAGCAAGUAUGAGAGAAUUUGGGAAUUGUUUGAGAAUCGUCAGGUCAACAACAUCAUUCAUCCUAUACAUGUUGCAACUGCCUUUCUCAAUCCAUCUUAUCUUUUCUCACAAAAUUUUAGAGAGGAUAGGGAGAUGAAAGAUGGCAUCAAUAUCAUUCAUGAAAACCUGCUUCUAAUAGAAGAAAAGCAUCCAUUUAUGAGAGAGGUUUAG